CACCUACAGAACUGCUGCUACACAACAUAACAUAUUUCAAAGCUGGGAUAUAUUUUUGUAUAUGUUGAGAAGAGGUCGCUUAAUUCUUCUUCUAUCUUCUGUCCACGAUUUCAACACCGAGAAAACUCCUUUGGCUUACAGGCGUUUUUGAAAGACUCGUUACGUUCGACCAGUAAUGUCUGGCGUUAGGUGCAAAUCAUGAGUUUGGUAAUCUCCCGUUUAUGCCUGAAAACAUGGAGAAUUUAGUGGACGUGACAGCUUCGCUGCAAUUUGAAGACCUGCUUAAAAAGACUGGCAAGUCGCUAACAGUUGUACAUUUCUUGGCACCAUGGGCGCCCCAGUGCACUCAAAUGAACGAUGUGCUGGCAGAGUUGGCCAAGGAGCACUCUCAGACAACAUUUGUAAAGCUGGAAGCAGAGGCAGUGCCUGAGGUGUCAGAGAAAUAUGAGAUCAGCUCCGUUCCGACCUUCCUCUUCUUCAAGAGCGGCGAGAUGAUUGACAGGCUAGAUGGCGCGCAUGCCCCGGAGCUGAGCAAGAAGGUGCAGAAGCUGGCUACGAACACGGCGCGGCCCGUGGGGACGGGGGACUCCCCCAAAGAGGACCUUAACGAGCGUCUGAAGAAGCUGAUCAACGCUGCGCCCUGCAUGCUCUUCAUGAAGGGCUCCCCACAGGAGCCACGCUGCGGCUUCAGCCGGCAGAUUAUCCAGAUCUUCAAAGACCAAAGUGUCCAGUACAGCACCUUUGACAUCUUAUCAGACGAGGAGGUGCGACAGGGUCUGAAGACCUACUCCAACUGGCCCACCUACCCCCAGGUGUACGCCAGCGGUGAGCUCGUGGGGGGCCUCGACAUCAUCAAGGAACUGGCUGAAUCUGGCGAACUGGACAACACCUUACCCAAGGCUGUGACAUUGGAGCAGAGGUUAAAGUCAAUCAUCAACAAAAAUUCCGUCAUGCUGUUCAUGAAGGGCAAUAAAGAGACGCCAAAAUGCGGCUUCAGUCGUCAGAUCCUGGAGAUAAUGAACAGCACGGGAGUGGACUACGAUACAUUUGAUAUCUUGCAGGAUGAGGAGGUUAGACAAGGACUCAAAACCUAUUCAAACUGGCCAACAUACCCCCAGCUAUACGUGAAAGGGGAUCUCAUUGGUGGACUGGACAUUGUGAAGGAACUUCAAGAGGGCAGUGAGCUGACAUCUGUACUGAAGGGGGAGUGAAGGAAGCCCAUUGCACCUGUCGAUGAGUUUGGGAACAAACAGCGUUUCACAAUAGGGUGGCACAAGUACCUCUUUCAUUUGGGCCAAUGGGUAUCAAUGAUUUUCACUUAGAGCCGUCAAGUCUUACCCAGCCAUUAUUCUGAUCAGGAGGUGAAGGAGAUACAAGAUCCAGGUUUCUGUGUGGGAACAGCACCAAGUUGAGUAAGCUGCACAUGAAAUAAAUACGUCCAUGUUACACAUAA